AAGACGUAGCUUUGCUUUCUAUAAUCUUAAGCGUAAUAGUGGUAUCAAAGCUAUUCUUGCUCUCACGAGCCUUUGAUCAUGGCCACCCACAAUGAGUCUCCCAACUCCACUACAUCCAAAAACUCCCCAAACUCUGCUGCAACAAUUCUCAAUCCUAGUCUCACCAAGAACCCACUAUCCUUCAAUUCAGCUGCAUUCCAUGUGAAGCUAACGCCCACCAACUAUAUGUCAUGGAGGGCUCAAUUUACUUCUUUGCUUGUAGGUUAUGAACUUGAUGGCUAUCUCGAUGGUAGGACUCCCUGUCCAGUUGCAACCGCACCAGAGUAUAGCUUGUGGGCCCAUCAAGAUCAACUCUUACGACAUGCUCUUAUCACUUUCGUUUGGGAGAGCAUCACCCCCUAUAUCGCUGCUGCUGCUGCCAUAGCGCAACAAGCAUGGGAAACGUUAGCAAGGCUCUAUGCUAAUCAUUCUCGCACUUGGGUGAUUACCUUGAAGGAAUGCCUCCAAAACAUGAGAUGUGAUGGCCGCUCUAUUGCUGUCUAUUUACGAGAUCUCAAAGUUGUUGCUGAUGAAUUGGGAACCAUUGAUCGUCCACUCAACAAUGAUGAUCUUACAGUUUACAUUCUUAAUGGUCUUGGCCCUGAGUUUCGGGAGAUUGCAGCUUCUUUUCGAGCACGAGAUUCCUCUCUUUCCUUUGAUGACUUGCAUGACAGAUUGGUAGCUCAUGAAGAAAGUCUCAAACGAGACGAAAACCGCCCUGAGAUCACACCGGUGACUGCUCACUAUGCUGUUGCUUCUUUUAAUUAUAGUACUAAUUCUUCUCCUUCAUUAAGUGCAGGCAACUAUAAUUUCCCUCUUGGCCACCUCCCUCAACAAGUAUUUCGUGGUAAUCGGAAUGGGCCAAACUUCUCCAGUCGUGGCACUCAACACUGACGUCAUACUUUUGGCCCCAAGCAUUCAACUCGGUCCCUUAAUUCUAGCUACCAACUGUGUAGUCGUGCAGGCCACUUUGCUCAAAACUGCCCUAGCUACCGUGUGCAGGCUCUUGGGCCUAUGGCCAAUUUUGCCUCUUCUUUUGCAGAUUUUUCUGAUGAUUGCCUCUUGGAUUCUAGUGCCAACAAUUAUGUACCCACUGACUUGGCUAACUUGGCACUACAUUCUGAAUACAAUGGUCCUAAUGAA